AUGGGUGCUGCGAGACUUGUUCUAGCGCGACCCCUAAAACCAACUGAAUCAGUUGCAGCAUCCAGAGAGGUUAGUGCUAAGGUGUAUCAAAAUAAGGAGGCUCGGGAGGGCGAUGACCUCUUGGCGACCGCAACCGCUCAAACAGUCAAACAGUCUCACUCGAGAGGCGCACGCCACGGUCGAAUGCAAAUCGACGCAGAACCGUGGAAAACCGACUUAGAACAUUCAACUACACUACGGGAUAGCGCAAUGAAGUUUAAUGUUCCAAUUCCCUACGCUUUGACACAAAACCUCUCCUAUGCUUCGGGAUUUGAUAACUAUUCUGGGACAACGGACGGACUGUGUGCAAUAACAAAAUACAACGAGCCUGGCGCACAAAGUAUUGCACAGAAUCGUGGUACAGUAUCCACUGUGCUGGUUAAUCCAUUCCCUUGA